GGAAAAGGCGGCAGGCGAAAUGCGCAACGGAAAGGAGGAAACAGCGGUUGCUGGCAGCCUAUAAUGGUAGGAGAGAAGAGGGAGAAGCCAUUAGGCAAGAGAGAGGGGGGAGAGAGAAACUGCAGAGCGAGAGGGAGCAACGCCGCAACGGGCACGAACCAACACGACCUCCCAGGCGGAGGAGAAAGAGAAACCAGACAGCAACGACGAGCAAGAAAGCGCACGCGGCGAGGGGGAGGAGGCCGGCAGGACGCGCCUUCGGCCAUGGUGGCGCACGCCGCAGCAGCCCUGUGAGUCGCAAGGGACGCCGCGGCUUACAGAUGAAGGUAUCCAAGGAGCAGGAAGGGUCGCCGGUGGAGGCCAUGGACGCCGCGGAGGUGGCGGUCCAGGAGGAGGAGGGGUGCUCGGGGAAGGGCCCGGAAGGGGAGCCGGAGGGGAGGACACUGGUGGUCGGCGUGCGGGCGGACGCCGAGAGCCGGGCGCUGCUCACAUGGGCGCUCGUCAAUGUGGCGGCGACCGGGGACCGCGUCGUGGCCGUCCACGUUGUGCUGGCCUCCGCGGCGGAGGCGGCCGCCGCGGUGGACUUCGACGCCAUGCUCGGCGUCUACGAAGGAUUCUGCAACCUCAAGCAGAUCAAUCUAAAGGUGAAAAUUUGCAAGGACUCGUCGGUUCGCAAGGCGCUAGUUCGUGAGGCCAGCCUGUUUGGGGCCUCCAAGGUUGUCAUCGGCAUCACCAAGAAAAGGCGCGCAAUUUCCUCCUCAGUGUCCGUUGCGAAGUAUUGCGCAAAGAAGCUGCCCGCAAAGUGUGCGGUCCUCGCCGUGAACAAUGGCAAGAUCGUGUUCCGGAGAGAAUCAAAUGUCCAUUCAGGCAAGGUCUCAGCAGAAGUUCCUCCCUGUGCUGGUGAUGAGAUGUAUUGCGUGGUGCCGUUCCAAGCCCGCCAAGUUAAAGGGGACACGUUAUCUUUAGAUGAACCUAAAGAUGAUGGUGGGGGUGACAGCACGCAUGAUGUUGGCACAAAGGGCAGUAAGCCGGAGGACGUCAUCACGGAAGAACAGCCGGUCUCGAGCGUGGACCCUGCAGAUUUGUCAAGGGAUCAGGUUCGGAUUUUUACAGAUCCUUCUGGCAAGGCUGAAGAGUCAACCAGCGAACAGAAAGAUGAAUCUUCUGCGCUUCCAGGUGAGGGUGCAAGCGUGUUGUACUGUGUUCUUCCGACGAGGAUCGGCGAUUCAGUUGCAAGUACAUCAAGUAGGCAAGACCAUGAUUCAGUGGAUCUGCCAGCUGAAGGGGCUGGGGAGCUAUACUGCUUAUUGCCCCCAAGGAAUGGCCAUUCAGGGAGGAAUAUUGGUGAUUCUAAGCGUUCAACUGCAAGUCAGAAAGACGAUAAACCUGCCAAUAUGUCUCUUGAAGGAGAUGGUGACCUGUACUGCCGGCUGCCGAGGAAUAGACAUUCGGGUAGGAGUUAUGGGGGAUCUAAACGUUCUGUUGGUAUAAAUGAUGUGAUUAGGCGCAGCAGUAGUUUCUCCAGUGAUAUUAAUUUGAGCUCGGAGACAUCACCUAGUAAGAGGGAUGGCUCAGUUUGCACGGCUGCCACUGAACGAACUUCUUCCACCGUAUCCACAGAAGCUGAGGAUUCGCCAAGAGACACCACACGAAAUGCUGAAACCCUGAGUUCUCCUAUGUCACUGAGAAGGAUGGUAGAAGGAAGAUCCGACCGAUGUCAUCUCCGUAGGAGAAUCUUCAGCCAUCAUAGAAGUUCAUCUUUUGAAUGGGCAAAAAUCUCGAUGGUUCAAUGGGCGAUGAGGCUUCCAAGCCGUUACACUUCAGUCCACCCAGACAGCAAAUCAUUGAAAUCGGAUGCAAGUCCAAGGUUUAACUGUGAUUCUGAAACUGAACCAACUUCAGCUGUUGAGUCAGAAUCAAUGUUUUCUUUCUCUUUGUAUGAUGUAGCCUGGCCCCCAAGCAAAUUGGAAUCUCUUCGACAGAAGUACUCUUCAGUGUGUAGGCUGUUUAGUUAUGAAGAACUGAAGCUUGCAACGGCGAACUACUCACCAGAUAUGUUAAUUGGGAAGGGUGGAACCAGCCAAGUUUACAAGGCACGACUAUUUGAUGGCACAUUUUCCGCCAUAAAGAUUCUGAAACCCUCGGUUGAUGCACUACAUGAGUUUAUUACGGAGGUUGAGAUUUUAACCAGCUUGCAACAUGAAAACGUUGUCGCGCUAAGGGGAUUCUGCUUUGAAAACUACAGUCUUGUGUUGGUAUAUGAUUACAUGCCCCAAGGAAGCUUGGACAAAGCUCUUCAUGGCAAGAAGGAUGACAGGAAUUCCCUUAGCUGGGAGAGGAGAAAUAAGAUAGCAACCGACAUUGCAAGAGCACUUGAAUUUCUCCAUCAUGGUGAUGUGACGCAAGCUGUGGUUCAUGGAGAUGUUAAGUCUUCAAAUGUCCUCCUUUCAGAGGAUUUUGGGGCAUGGCUGUGUGAUUUUGGGCUGGCAAAGCAAGUGUCAGCUUCGACUCCCCACCUAACAUGUACUGACAUCACUGGAACUUUCGGGUACCUGGCUCCCGAGUGUUUUUCGUACGGGAGGGUCAAUGAGAAGAUCGAUGUUUAUGCAUUUGGAGUUGUAGUGCUAGAGAUUAUUUCAGGAAGGAGACCCAUUACACCAGGAAGUGCAAAGGGUCAGGAAAGCCUGGUUGGGUGGGCAAAGCCUUUACUGUCCAGUGGAGAAAUUAAACAACUGGUUGAUCCAUUUUUGGGAAAUAAUUAUGAUUGCGAUGAAAUGGAGAGGAUGACGCUUGCCGCUUCGCUGUGCACAAGGACAUCUUCUCAUUCUCGACCAGAAAUGUCACUAGUCUUGAAACUGCUUCAAGGGGACGAUGAAACGAUCCACUGGGCAAGGUCACAAGUCACCGCCAGUUUUGAUGGUUCGGAUGAGGAGACUGCAACUCCUGACUCAAACAUGCAGUCACAUCUUAACCUUGCAUUGCUUGGAGUGGAGGAUGACACCCUCUCGCACUGCAGCAGCACUGAACGGACUGUGGACACCUCCGCUGACGGUUACUGGAGCCGAUCGUCGAGCUUUGAUUAGCACUUUCAUCUUCGUUGCGAAUGCGUUGAAUCGAGUUGUUUAUAUAGUUCACAUGUGUUACCAUUGUUGAUUGGUUGGGAUGGUGAAUGGUGAGAUUGGUUGCAUUUAAGCAAUGGGAAGUGGAGGUUUGCUCAUUUAGUUGUCAGAUGGGGUACUGUUGCUAAUUUAGUUAGGAGUUGUUUUGUUGUAGAUCUAACCUUGCUGGCCCUGGCCUUACAAUCCAUUUACAAUGAUGGUUUUACAGUGAAA